CCUCCUUGUGGUCCAUUUCUGGGCGCCCUGGGCUCCACAGUGUGCACAGAUGAACGGUGUAAUGGCAGAGCUAGCUAAAGAGCACCCUCACGCUUCGUUUGUGAAGUUGGAAGCUGAAGCUGUUCCUGAAGUGUCUGAAAAAUAUGAAAUUAGUUCUGUUCCCACCUUUCUGUUUUUCAAGAAUUCUCAGAAAAUCGACCGAUUAGAUGGUGCACAUGCCCCAGAGUUGACCAAAAAAGUUCAGCGACAUGCAUCUAGCGGCUCCUUUCCACCCAGCACUAAUGAGCAUCUUAAAGAGGAUCUCAACCUUCGCUUGAAGAAAUUGAUUCAUGCUGCCCCCUGCAUGUUGUUUAUGAAAGGAACUCCGCAAGAACCACGCUGUGGUUUCAGCAAGCAGAUGGUGGAAAUUCUUCAAAAACAUAACAUUCAGUUUAGCAGUUUUGAUAUCUUCUCAGAUGAAGAGGUUCGACAGGGGCUCAAAACGUAUUCCAAUUGGCCCACCUAUCCUCAACUCUAUGUUUCUGGAGAGCUCGUAGGAGGACUUGAUAUAAUUAAGGAACUAGAAGCAUCUGAAGAACUAGAUACAAUUUGCCCCAAAGCUCCCAAAUUGGAGGAAAGGCUCAAAGUGCUGACAAAUAAAGCUUCUGUGAUGCUCUUUAUGAAAGGAAACAAACAGGAAGCGAAAUGUGGAUUCAGCAAACAAAUUCUGGAAAUACUGAAUAGUACUGGUGUUGAAUAUGAAACCUUUGAUAUAUUAGAGGACGAAGAAGUUCGGCAAGGAUUGAAAACUUACUCCAAUUGGCCAACAUACCCUCAGCUGUAUGUGAAAGGGGACCUUGUUGGCGGGCUGGAUAUUGUUAAGGAACUGAAAGAAAAUGGUGAGUUGCUGCCUGUACUAAGAGGAGAAAAUUAAUAAAUCUUAAACUUGAUGCCCAACUACUGCAAGAAAUAUUUAAUUUCAUGGGAGCAGUUCAUGAUUUAGUCCUCAGAAAUGGACUAGGAAUAGAAACAUGCUUCUUACUCAGUUACAUGUUUUGUGUAUUUCACAGUGUUGUGCUAAAAAAUGUAUGUUACUUUUUUCCCCCACAAAAACAAUGCAAUAAACAUCUUCAAAUUAUUAACAAUA